UCACUACUCGCUCGUUCUCCUGCUCAGAGCUGCAGUAUAUGAGCGGGUCUCCUGGGUCUAGCUUCACCGCAGUGUAGAGAAGGGCAAGGCUGCUGUUUUAGUACAAUGCAAUGAAGGAUGGUGCACCAGGAGAAACGCAUUUACCAGGCUCAGAGGAAUGAGAGAGAGUCCAUCAGGCAGAAACUUGCCCUUGGCAGUUUCUAUGACGACGAGCCAGUCAUCUACACCAGCUGCAGUAAGAACGGCCAGUCCUCCCGGCUGCAGAGUGGGGUGAACCUGCAGGUGUGUUUCGUGAACGACAGCAGCAGUGACAAAGACAGCGAUGCCGAGGACAGCAGGACAGAGACAAGUUUGGACACACCACUAUCCCCCGUGAGCAAGCAGAGCUCAUCGUUAUCAGACCGAGACACGGCAGAGGAGGACUCAGACCCGUUGGAUGACUGCAGUGGGUUCUGGCGGGUGCAGCGGAGACUGCAGGAGGAGGCCCGGGUGGCGCUGGCUCUGGCUCGACCCAUGGCCCGCAUGCAGGUCGAGGUGGAGAGGCAAAUCCAACUGCACCGACGUUCACCUGUGGCUGACCUGGUUAGUCACUUCCCAUCUGCCCACAUCAGCGAGUGCUUGAUGAAGAGGAAUCUGAGACGAGGGGACAUGAGGGAUAUGAGUCUAGGACAGCUGCAAGUCAUCACAAAUGACUUACACUCACAGAUCCAGAGCUUAAAUGAGGAGCUGGUGCAAUUGCUGCUGAUAAGAGAUGAGCUGCAUGUGGAGCAGGAUGCCAUGCUGGUGGACAUAGAAGACCUCACCAGGCACGCUCACAGCCAUCAACGGCACCAGCAGAGAAAGCUAUGUCUAAAUAAACACACCCUGUCUACACUUGUGUUCAUCUGCACGCCAUCAUACCUCCUGCUCCAUGGACUGUCACCAGUGUUACUAAUAGACUUCAUCUGUGCU